ACCACCGCGCUUCCUUUUCCACUAACGCCUGCAAUCAUGGCGGAUCUGGUGCAGGAGAAGGUACCGGAGGUGAAGCUCGAAGAAGACACGGUCCUGAACGGAGAUGCAGAAGAGAAAGAGGAGGUAGACCCUUCCGAGGAGACAGCCAAGAAGAAGAAGAAAAAGAAGAAGAAGAAGUCGGCAGGCCCCGCAGCCGUCACCGAGGCUGAGGGCAAUAGAGUGGCUGACGUGACACAACAGCUGGAGAAGCAGGCUCUGGAGGACAAAGAGAAAGAAGAAGACGGAGAGGAUGAUGGAGACGAGGGGGAGAACUCGGCAGGCAAAAAGAAGAAGAAGAAGAAAAAGAAGAAAGGACCCAAAGUUCAGACUGACCCUCCGUCUGUGCCCAUCUGUGACUUGUAUCCAAGUGGCGUUUUCCCCAUCGGUCAGGAAUGUGAAUACCCCCCAUUACAGGAUGGGCGUACCGCGGCGUGGAGGACCACCAAUGAAGAGAAGCGGGUUCUGGACAAGGCCAACGAGGAAGUGUGGAGCGACUUCAGACAGGCUGCUGAGGCUCAUAGGCAGGUCCGCCAGCACGUCCGCAGUUUCAUCAAACCUGGCAUGACCAUGAUCGACAUCUGUGAGCGGUUGGAGAACUGUUCCAGGAAGUUGAUCAAGGAGAAUGGUCUGAAUGCAGGCCUGGCCUUCCCCACCGGCUGCUCUCUGAACAACUGUGCGGCUCACUACACCCCUAACGCAGGAGACCCCACCGUGCUGCAAUACGACGACGUCUGCAAGAUCGACUUCGGAACACACAUCAACGGUCGGAUUAUUGACUGUGCCUUCACCGUCACGUUCAACCCAAAGUAUGACAAACUGCUGGAGGCCGUGAGAGACGCCACCAAUACUGGAAUCAAGUGUGCUGGAAUCGACGUGCGUCUGUGUGACGUUGGGGAGAGAAUUCAGGAAGUGAUGGAGUCGUACGAGGUAGAGAUUGACGGAAAAACAUACCAAGUGAAGCCAAUCCGAAACCUGAACGGCCACUCAAUUGGCCAGUACAGGAUACAUGCCGGCAAGACUGUCCCCAUUGUCAAAGGAGGAGAAGCUACCAGGAUGGAGGAGGGAGAGGUGUACGCCAUCGAGACAUUUGGCAGCACAGGGAAGGGAGUGGUCCAUGAUGACAUGGAGUGUUCUCAUUACAUGAAAAACUUUGAUGUGGGACACGUCCCAAUCAGACUCCCCCGGGCGAAGCACCUGUUGAACGUGAUCAACGAGAACUUUGGCACGCUGGCGUUCUGCCGGCGCUGGCUGGACCGGCUGGGGGAGAGCAAGUACCUGAUGGCCCUGAAGAACCUGUGCGACCUGGGAAUCGUGGACCCCUACCCCCCGCUCUGCGACACCAAGGGCUCCUACACCGCCCAGUUCGAGCACACCAUCCUGCUCAGGCCCACCUGCAAGGAGGUGGUGAGCCGAGGGGAUGACUAUUGAAUACUGAACCCAACCUCAUUCAAACCACACCCCCUCCACUCCAAUACAGAGAAUUGACACACUGAACCAUCUGCCGGCACUCUAACAGAAAAACAGCAUCUAAAUACAGGACUUUGCUUUGGUCUCUUAUUUCUUCCACCUUGGCAGAGCAGCCAGUAAGGGCUAUGAAAAAUGCUGUUGUAAGGUACCCCCACAAUGCAUUUUUACCGCUAUUUAAGAGCGAGCAUGGAGAGACUGGCUUACGUAGCAGCGGCUGAAUCUUUUUUCCCUCUUUUAUUUCGGUGACAUUGAAGCCAGAACAGCCAUAUAAUCUCAAAUAAACUGUUAGUUUAACUGCUUAGAACGUGAAGAAACAAACCUUUCCUUACCAAAAUAAGUACCCUCUCAAGUAUGCAUAGGGCCUAGUGUGUCCUAAUCAGGAAAAACUCCUGACCCUUACUGCAGUCUUUCAGCCUGACCCUACAGCCUACCUAGUCACUUGAUUGCUCUUCGGACCCCUGAAAUUGUACAACUUCCCCUUUUUUGAGUUCUGGGUGGGAACGAUGACGACUAGACAACCACACAUCUACAGCUGUAUGUUUGGCUUCAUGUUACAGGGAGGGGACUCUGCUCCUCCAGUAUUUGUUUCUUAGAUAUUUGUAAAAUAUCUUUGAAAUGGUUGCUGCCACUAUAUGUACCCAAAUGUAGUGCUUAAUUUUGAAUGCCCUGGAAAUGUUUUUGUAAGAACAAAAGUAUUGAAAUAAAAAAUGUUGCUCUGUAUUCCUUGA